CGCGGCCGCGGGAGUGGACGUUCCGUGGCCCGGCGCUAGCGGAGGUCUUGCCAGCUGUCGCUUGUGAGCGGGGCCCAGGUCCCUGAACAGGCGCCUGAAUUUUUAGGCUCUUGCGGGCCCUUUGGGAAAAAGGCACUCAAAUUUUUCCUCAAAAAAAAAAAAAAAAAUUUCCCCCUAACAAUUAUUUUCGGUGCUUUCCGCCUCAAGAGAAGUUUGUCCUGGCAAAGUUAGUCUUCUAGGAACACUAUUGUUUCUUAUUUAGCGUUUGGAGUGGUUUGGGGGCAUUGGUUAUCACAGAAGGGGAAACUUGGUAUAGUAUGCCAUGCAGUGUAUUUAAAAUAGUAAGAUUAUGAUUACAUAAUAAGCAGAGAGUCAGUUCCUUAUGUUUGAAUUAUUUCUUGGGAAUGUAGGACAGGUUAGAAAGUGUAUUAACACUGCAAACUGCCAAUUCCGGGAAGUUGGAUGAUAAAAUCGCCGCCUGACUCAAAACCACAAUGUUUUAAGAAUCAUUUCCGUUGGAACUCCAGCGUAUCAUGAAAAACUAAGUCAAGACAGUCUUUCUACCACAUGGUGGGUGGUGUGUGUGUUGGGGGUGCGGGAGGAGGGGGAGCUUUUAGUCCUGAAUAAGAAAGACGAUACCUUCGAUUUUAAAAAAUGGAUGUUGGACCUGUACGUAUGUGAUCAGGUUCUUAAAAUACUCUAGAAAAAGAAAAAAUUGCAGUGGCUUAUAUCUACUACUGAAUUGGUCCAAAGUAGAGGAUAGAGGAGUUUUAUACGAUGUUCCAUUGAGAAGUGAGUCAACUUACUUGUAGCUAGGAGUCUUUUCUAUUAUUUUGGAAAAACAAAACAAAACAAAAAACAAAAAUCUGCCAGGCUACCACUUCUGCCAGGCUGCAGAUGGCCCAUAAAGGUUUGCUACUUCAGUAGCAGAUGCAUAGUGGAUGCUUCUUUUUCAGAAUGGUUUUGAUUUAGUUAACAAGUAUUGGUUGAGUUCCUCAUGCUGCGUAAGACACAGAGAUAGGAGAGAUCAGUAAAGAAUUCUGCUCUUAAACAACUGACUGCUAGGAGAGAUACUUCACUGAAAGUGCACCUUUGUUGUGUCUUAGAAAUAGACAUUAAACUGGUCUGAAUGAAAAAUGUCUCUCAAUACACCUAUAUUUCUCAAAGAAAGGGAAGAAGACAAUUCAAAAUUUGAAGAAAUACAGCAGUCACAAACUACUUCCAUAGCUGCAGAAGAUCCUCUUCAAAACCUGUGCUUAGCAUCUCAAGAAGUUCUUCAAAAAGCUCAGCAAAAUGGAAGAUCAAGAUGUCUCAAGUGUGGUGGUUCAAGAAUGUUCUACUGCUACACAUGUUACGUCCCAGUUGAAAACGUACCUAUUGAACACAUACCAUGUGUGAAGCUUCCAUUGGAGAUUGACAUCAUUAAACAUCCGAAUGAAACAGAUGGCAAAAGCACUGCUGUACAUGCAAAACUCUUAGCACCUGAGUUUGUAAAUAUUUAUACAUAUCCUUGUAUUCCAGAAUAUGAAGAAAAGGACCAUGAAGUUGCUCUUGUUUUUCCUGGACCCAAGUCUGUCUCAGUAAAGGAUAUUUCUUUUCAUCUACAAAAAAGGAUUCAAAAUGUUAGAAGCAAAAAUGAUGACCCUGACAAGCCGUCCAUUAAACGCAAGAAAACUGAAGAACAGGGUUUGAAUGACAGCAAGUGUGAAGACACAACACUGAAAAAAAUUGUAUUUAUAGAUAGCACCUGGAACCAAACAAACAAAAUAUUCACUGACGAGAGGCUUCAAGGGUUGCUGCAAGUUGAAUUGAAAACAAGAAAGACUUGCUUUUGGCGCCAUCAAAAAGGAAAGCCAGAUACCUUCCUUUCCACAAUUGAAGCCAUUUACUACUUUCUGGUAGACUAUCAUACUGAUAUAUUAAAAGAAAAGUAUAAAGGACAAUAUGAUAAUCUUUUAUUUUUCUACUCUUUUAUGCACCAGUUAAUAAAGAAUGCCAAAUGCCCUGGAAACAAAGAAACAAGAAAACUUACCCGUUAGUUUUUAAGAAGUCACUUAUGUCAUUUUAUUUUGCUAAAAUCAAUAAAAUUAUAAUUGUGUUUUGUUUAUUCCUAGGA